CCCCACCCGCCGGUUAUUCGUUCUCCAAACUCCAGACCACGUAAGACGUGCCAGUGAACAGUUUUAAUUCGAAACCAGUUCGAACCCAGAACAACAAUGCCAGACCUAUACUACGUUCCCGGCUCGGCGCCCUGCAGGGCCGUCCUCCUCACUGCGAAGGCUCUCAACCUCAACCUGAACCUCAAGCUGGUGGACCUUCAUCACGGGGAGCAUCUCAAGCCAGAGUACUUAAAGCUGAAUCCCCAACACACGGUUCCAACCUUGGUAGACGACGGCUUCUCAAUCUGGGAGUCCCGCGCCAUCAUCACGUACCUGGUGAACAAGUACGGCAAGGGCAGCACCCUGUACCCUGAGGAGCCGAAGGCCCGGGCUCUGGUCGACCAGAGACUGUAUUUCGACAUUGGAACCCUGUACCAGAGAUUCGCUGAUUACUUCUACCCACAAGUCUUCGGCGGCGCCCCAGCCGACAAGGAGAAGGCUGCUAAGAUCGAGGAGUCCCUGAAACUCCUGGACCAGUUCCUGGAAGGUCAGAAGUACGUAGCCGGCCCCAACCUCACCGUCGCUGACCUGAGCCUCAUUGCUGGCGUCUCCAGCUUCGAGGCCUCUGAUAUCGACUUCAAAAAAUACAAUAACAUCAAGAGAUGGUACGAGACAGUGAGAGCCACGGCCCCCGGCUAUCAAGAAGCCAACGAGAAAGGUCUAGAAGCUUUCAAGGCUCUGGUCAACAGUAUGAAGAAGUAACCUCCCUUCAAUUCUCCUUCUUCUUCGAGUCACCGUUUUCUUAACACCGUUUGAGUUCUCAGCUUCGAAGUUGGUUAAUUAGUCCAAAAUUCGAU